AUGUUGAUUGAUGAUCAAGUGAAGGACCUUCCGAAGGAUCCAGCUGAUGAAUUAGAUCUACAUCACAUGAAAAGUGAGACUUUAAGUAGAUUAAAUCAAUAUAAAGGUUUGAAGAAAGAUGAACCGGAGCCAAGAGUUAAGAGAAUGAUUUGUAAGAUUGAAAAUCUAAACUAUGUCGCUCCUGAGAAUGAUGCUUGGAGGCAUGAUAACAAGCCAGCUAAGAAGAAGCCUACACCAACACUUGUGGAUGAACCAGUGAUAGAUCCUACAGAAUUAAUGCAGCAAGGUGUUGACUUGAUGAAGGAGACACUUGAUGAUUUUAUAAAGAGAAAUGAGGAGGCUAAAGCUGCUAAAGUGUUGCACAAGAUCCAAGUGUUGAAAAGUGAUACUGAGCCAGAGAUUGAUACGUCAAAGAUUGGUGUUGGAAAGAUUACAUUGAAAGUAAAGCCUCAGAAGAAGAAAAAAGGUUCUGAUGAAGAGGAUGAAACAUACAUUCCAACAGCUAAAGAGAAAAAGAAACAACGCAAGAAGCGCAAUGCUGUUCAAACUGGAGUUAUUCCUAGAAAUGUUAGAGCAAGGGAGAGGUCAGCUACUGUGCCGGAAAUGCAAAGUGGCAAAACUCAAGAAGUUCAAGUUCAAAGAACUCUAGAAGUUCAAGCUGAAAGUAUUCCUGAAGUUGAGGUUCAAAGUGUUGAAAAGCCAGAAGCUGAGACAAAGAAAGCUCAUGAAAGUCCAAUCUUUGAGAAGGUAGUCAAGAAUGUUGAAGCUAGAAAGGGUGAUGAUGAUGAUGAAGUUGUAUUCACAGGAGAAAGAAUAUCUACACCACCACCACCAGAAAAUCCAACCAUUCAUAUUCCAGAUGAUCAAGAGAUGUCAAAGCCAAAGAAAGUUACUUCUCCUGGUCUAUUUGAAGGUUUUCCAAAUGUUCAAGGUGAAUUCACUAAUGAAAUUCUUACUGGAGGCGAAUACGACAUGUUUCAUGAUGCAAAGAUCAAGGAGUUAACAAAGAAAGUAAGCUUUCUGGAGAAAGAAAAGGCCAAAGUAGAAGCUAAGCGCGAUGAAUUGAAACAGAAACUUGAGAAAUCUUUGGAAAUGAAUGAAGAAAUGAAGGCAGUCGUGAGUGAUCAUGCUAAAAGAAUAUAUGAAUUAACAGAAGAUCUGGCUAAUAAUGCUAAACUCAUUGAUCAACUCACUAAUGAGCUUUCAGAAGUGAAUGCAAGGUAUAAAAACAUGAAUGAAACAAACCAGACAUUGCAUCAAAUGCUCGAUAAUCUUCAUGAAGCGUCUUCCAACGAAAACAAAGUGUUGAAGCUAGAGAUAUCAGCUGAAUAUACUAUAUGCUAUGAGAUUCAAAGGGUUGAGGAACGAAGAGCUCAGAGGGAGAAAGAGUUGGCUGAGGCAGCAACUCAGAAAAAGAAGGAUUUGAUUGCUGAAACUCAAGAAGCUGGAGGUUCUUCGAGUCAGCCUGAAAGGUGA